AUUCUUCAUAGUGAUUGGUGCAAAACCCCGCGAACUACACUCAGCUGAUCUUCUUUCGCGCGAAACUUAGUGUCUUGAGUUGAUUAUCUGCAACUUGUUGCUGUUAGUUGAUUUAUUGUAUGUUUGUAUUUGAAACCUGGCAUAGAAAAUGUCUUCUCCAGCAUCUACUCCUAGCAGACGAAGCGGCAGGCGUGGAAGGAGGAGCAAUCCAUCAACCCCUGUACGUGGUGAGAGUGCACGUGGUGAUGUUGCUCAAACACCUCCAUCUCGAAAACGAAGACUAGAUGAUUCUACUUCUACAGGUGAACUACAGCCAAUGCCACCCACGUCUCCUGGCAUUGAUGCCAGGAGCCCCAAUCUCCAGGAUUCUUUUUUGUCCAGCCCAGCACGAUCACGACAUUCAGCGGUUCUUAGUGAAUUGGAUAUCAGCUCACCUUUGACAUAUGGAACUCCUAGUUCUAGAGUUGAAGGAACCCCACGUAGUGGAGUACGUGGAACUCCUGCCAGACAGCGACCUGAUUUAGGCUCUGCACGUAAGCUGCACCAGGUGGACUUAAAUUCUGAUCAGCCUCCAGAAGAUCUUGUGACUAGUGAGCAAUCCCUUGGACAGCGGCUUGUGAUAUGGGGAACAGAUGUCAAUGUUGCCACGUGCAAAGAAAAAUUUCAGAGAUUUCUUCAUCGUUUUAUUGAUCCAUCUGCUAAAGAGGAGGAGAACAUUGGCUUAGAUUUGAAUGAGCCCCUUUAUUUGCAGCGUCUUGAGGAGAUUAAUUUAGUUGGUGAACCCUUUUUGAAUGUCAACUGUGAUCACCUGAACUCAUUUGACGCAGAGCUCUACAGACAGCUGGUUUGCUAUCCACAGGAAGUAAUACCAACAUUUGACAUGGCUGUUAAUGAAGUUUUCUUUGAACGGUUCCCUGAUUCAAUAUUGGAACACCAAAUUCAAGUCCGGCCAUACAAUGCUUCAAAGACCAAAAGCAUGAGAAGUCUGAAUCCCGAGGACAUAGAUCAGCUCCUUACAGUGAGUGGCAUGGUCAUCAGAACCUCACAGUUGAUUCCUGAAAUGCAGGAAGCUAUGUUCAAAUGUCAAGUAUGUGCCUUCACUACUCGAGUGGAGAUUGACCGUGGGCGUAUUGCUGAGCCAUCUGUGUGUAAAAAUUGCAAUACUACUCACAGUAUGGCAUUAAUCCACAAUCGCUCUAUGUUCUCUGACAAACAGAUGGUCAAACUGCAGGAAUCUCCAGAAGACAUGCCAGCAGGACAGACCCCACACACGACUGUACUUUUCGCACACAAUGACUUGGUAGAUAAAGUGCAGCCUGGUGAUCGGGUAAAUGUUACAGGAAUAUACCGAGCAGUUCCCAUCAGAAUCAACCCAAAAGUAAGCAGUGUAAAAUCAGUGUACAAGACCCACAUUGAUGUCAUUCACUUCCGCAAAACUGAUGAGAAGCGACUUCAUGGUGUGGAGGAAACUGAGCAGAAACUUUUCACAGAAGAACGCGUAGAAUUGCUGAAAGAAUUGUCUAAGAAACCAGAUAUUUAUGAGAGGCUCUCUGCAGCUUUGGCUCCAAGUAUUUAUGAGCAUGAAGAUAUUAAAAAGGGUAUAUUACUUCAGCUGUUUGGAGGAACAAAGAAAGACUUCAGUCAUACAGGCAGAGGUAACUUUCGAGCUGAGGUUAACAUCCUUCUUUGUGGAGAUCCUGGUACAAGUAAAUCACAGCUGCUUCAGUACGUGUAUAAUCUUGUGCCAAGAGGCCAGUACACAUCUGGAAAAGGUUCCAGUGCUGUUGGUCUUACGGCGUAUGUGAUGAAGGAUCCUGAAACUCGACAGCUGGUUUUGCAGACUGGUGCUCUUGUUCUGAGUGACAAUGGUAUUUGUUGUAUUGAUGAGUUUGACAAAAUGAAUGACAGUACACGAUCUGUACUACAUGAAGUAAUGGAGCAGCAGACGCUGUCUAUUGCAAAGGCUGGAAUAAUUUGCCAGCUCAAUGCCCGCACCUCAAUCUUGGCAGCAGCAAAUCCUGUGGAAUCACAGUGGAAUCCAAAAAAGACAACCAUUGAGAACAUCCAACUCCCUCAUACGCUACUUUCCAGAUUUGAUUUAAUCUUCCUCAUGUUGGACCCACAAGAUGAAGCUUAUGACCGACGACUUGCACACCACUUGGUUUCCCUGUACUACCAGAGUGAGGAGCAGAUUGAGGAGGAGCAUCUGGAUAUGGCUGUUCUGAAGGACUACAUUGCAUAUGCUCGCACAUAUGUUCAUCCUAAACUUAGUGAGGAGGCGGGGCAAGCACUGAUUGAGGCCUAUGUGGAUAUGAGAAAAAUUGGCAGUGGCAGAGGCAUGGUGUCUGCAUAUCCCAGACAGUUGGAAUCUCUCAUUCGUUUGGCAGAAGCUCAUGCAAAGGUGCGGUUCUCUAGCAAAGUGGAAACAAUUGAUGUAGAGGAAGCCAAACGUCUUCACCGCGAGGCACUGAAGCAGUCUGCUACAGACCCAAGAACUGGCAUAGUUGAUAUAUCCAUUCUUACAACAGGAAUGAGUGCUACAGCUCGGAAACGCAAGGAAGAACUGGCUCAAGCUUUGAAGAAAUUAAUCCAGUCAAAGGGAAAGACACCAGCAAUGAAAUACCAGCAGCUUUUUGAUGACAUACGGGCACAGUCCGAUGCAGCUGUUACCAAGGACAUGUUUGAUGAAGCACUUCGUGCCUUGGCUGAUGAGGACUUCCUAACAGUGACCGGAAAGACUGUUCGUUUGCUUUAAGAAUUCCAUGUAGUAGUAGUAAAUUACUGCUUUUAAUGGAUUUUUAUCUGUGACUUUCCAAAAGUAGUUGACUGCAGGAUUUUGGAUAGCCCAUAGUUUCAUGUGAGGAUUUCACUCACUGUCAUUGCUGUAAAUAGCAGAUUGUCUUGUAUUUUUGAUAUUAUUUGGAUUGCUGAAUGCUUUUGAAGAGAGAAAUUUGUACAUUUCUUUAGAAUGCUUUUACUCUUCGACUAUCCUAAAGGGAUAGACCGUUGCCUAGGUUACAUUUGGUAUGAACUGAAACCUAGUCAGUUUUUCUGCUUUUAACCAUAGUAGAAAGUUAUUUAACUUUGUUUGGAACCACGAGUUUACCUUGCAGGCUUUCCUGUGUAACCAGACAUGACCCACGGUGCACCAUAUUGUUUUUCUAUGGCACAAAGUGGAUUUCCUCGUUUUCCUUGAUGUUGGUGAAUCGAAGUUCACUGGAUGUUUCAAAACUUUUUUUUUUUUUUUCCAUGAGAUCAGUUCUUCUGGGAACUAGAAUAAUUUUUACACAUUGGCACAAUCUCUUCAGUUGCAACAGUUCUCACAUUUUACGGUCCUUGUCUCACUUAUGACUUGGGCAAUGAAAAUGGUGAGGAUCCUGGAUUAGAGAAAUUCCGUUUUGAAGAUGUCAUUUGGAGCUGUGGCACUUAAUCAGAUCAUUGUGCUUCACUUUUUUGUAUAUAGGAGAGAGAAGUUUGUACAUUGCACAUUAAAUAAAGAAUUUAUACACA